AGGCCGAGAGAGACAGGCAGUGUCUGCAGCAGCUGCGCUGCCCUGCCCGCGGGUGGCUGAUGGAGGCGCGGGGAGGGCGCCCGGAGAGGGCACCGAGUCGGAGCUGCGGGGCGGCUCCCUGGCGGGGCGGUUGCUGAUUGCCCGGCUCAGCGCACGAUCUCUGCUCCUAAUGAAAGAAGAUCGUGAGGAUGGAUUACUGCAGCCAGUCAUCCCUAGUCCCCUGUGGAAAAGACAAAUACAUUUCAAAAAACGAACUGCUGUUGCACCUGAAGACCUACAAUUUGUAUUAUGAAGGUCAGAAUUUGCAGCUCCGGCACAGAGAGGAGGAAGGCGAGUUCAUUGUCGAGGGUUUGCUGAACAUCUCCUGGGGCUUGCGCAGGCCCAUCCGGCUGCAGAUGCAGGAUGACAACCAGCGGAUCCGGCCUCCUCCUUCCUCCUCCUCUUGGCACUCUGGCUGCAACCUGGGCGCACAGGGGUCUGCAGUGAAGCCAAGUAUCAUACCCGAUAUUCAGAUUACAGAUGUUGACACCCCCACGGAUGCUGAUGACUCCGGGAGUGGAACAGAUGUCGGAGACUUAAAACCCCAGCAAGAGGAAACUCCACAGCUGAUGCGGACCCGGAGCGACGUGGGAGUCCGUCGCAGAGGGAAUUUCCGUACUCCAAGUGAACAGCGGCGGAUCAAACGCCAUCGGUUUUCCAUCAACGGGCAUUUCUACAAUCACAAAACAUCUGUGUUCACACCAGCCUAUGGCUCAGUCACUAAUGUCAGGAUAAACAGCACAAUGACCACUUCUCAAGCCCUCAAACUGCUGCUCAAUAAAUUUAAGAUUGAAAACUCGGCUGACGAAUUUGCAUUGUAUAUUGUCCACACCAGUGGAGAAAAACAGAAAUUGAAGGCUACAGAUUAUCCCCUGAUUGCCCGCAUUCUGCAAGGGCCAUGUGAACAGGUCUCCAAGGUCUUCCUGAUGGAGAAGGACCAAGUUGAAGAAGUCACCUAUGAUGUUGCUCAGUACAUCAAAUUUGAAAUGCCAGUUCUUAAAAGCUUCAUCCAGAAGCUCCAAGAAGAAGAAGACCGUGAAGUGAACAAACUUAUGCACAAAUACACAGUUCUCCGGUUAAUGAUAGAACAAAGACUAGAAGAGAUUUCCGAGAGCCCGGCAACAAUCUAAAGUUCUUCUCAGCGCUGUGCUGCAGCCCUGUAUUGGCGGUCGGUCUCUCUAAGAAUCACUGUUUACAUGAAGAAUGAAAAGAAGAUGCACUCCAUCCUGGGAACCAAACCUGAAUGCAAAACCCUGUGGAGACUGAAUGCGUGUCCUGUACCUGCGCAGCAGACAUGGAUGUGUAAGAGUCAAUGGACUCCUUCUGCAGAAGGAAAAUCUUCCAGUAAUUUUCCUUUUCCCCCUCUCAAAGGAAAUGAUUUACAGAAUGCAAGCCCAGCAUUCACAAAGAGGAGAGUUGACCUUGCUGGCAUGUCGAAAGAAGGCUUUUGGGAUAUGCCCACCAAGGCUGGUGUGGCAUGCCUGUGCGCCUUGACCUGCAGUGUCUGUACUGAAGAAGCAGUUGAGUUGAGAGAAGUGGAUCAUGCUCCUUUGCUUCUCGCCUACUGCGAUUCUGAGAUGCUUAUCCAUGCUUGAGUGCUGAUGUUACUAUGCAUAGGGUCUCAUGUCUGUACGCAAAAGAGAGAACAAAACUCAUGCUCACAAAAGCUAGUAAACCAGCUUCUGCCAUGCCUGCACACUUAGAAAAUACUAGUCCGUUUAAAUACUCCAGACCAAUCCCAGUACGGGUAGCCACUUUGCUGCAAUAACUCCUGCCAACCUCCACUCGUGCCAGAAUGUCGUGCAUUAUGAAGUGUGUUUUUGAGGGAAAGAUAUAUGUUCUGUGUAACUUUUUCCCAUACAGGACAGUCCUCUGUGUUCUUUAUUUUUCCUGUUCAGAGGGUUCUCAGAGUGCAGCCACAAAAGAUAUACUUUUCCCCCCCUGCAUGGUAUGGGUGGGAGAUGCAUCUUGUUGUCCCCUGGUGCUAGACUUUUCCUGCCUC